UCGGCCGGCAGACUUCGCCCAACCCAGUUGCCUCAACAUCCACAGCGCUCGUCUCCUCGCACCCUCCUGGUCGACCACCAGGCUCUCUUAAUUUUUCUCGGCCGACGAAAAAGACGAGCCAGCACCACGGCCCAGUCAACAUUGAAUCGCACUCUGUGCUGCUGGCGCCAGACCCCCAAGGACACAGCGAUGGUGAAGCAAGUAAAGGGCGGCUAUCUCCUGCGCCACAAAAAGCGACUGUUCGGCAAGGCGUGGCGCGAGGAGUGGGUCGUCUUGUACGAGGACAGCACCCUGGCGUGGUUCAAGGAGAAGGACCGCGGCGAGCCCGAAGGCACCGUCCUUGUCAAGGAGGCGCCUGAACUGCUCGCCGUCAGCCACUGGACCCUGCGCAUCCCGGUCAGACCCGACCUGCCAGGUCACUGCCACGUCACGCAGGUCAUGGCCUUUGGCACCCGCAGGCGGGACAAAGUCUACUGGUUUUUGGCGCAGUCGGAGGAUGAAGUCAAUGACUGGAUGACGGCCAUCAGCAACACGUUGCCGCCACCGCCGCAGCCAGUAAAACUUCCUGAUGAGAAGACUGGCGGUAAAUCUUUAGACGAGGAUCCAACUGAAGCCAGAUUACCACCGACCAUACCUUACUACACGUCCAUUCCUGGAGAGGUGCCGCCACCGUACACGAUCGCUACCAACGGCCACGAAUACGCUCAAAUUGGGCCGCCGGCGGCGGCCAGAGUGGCCAACCAUCAGCAGUCCGUCCCGGCCGCGCCUGUGGCGGCGGCCAAGUCGGGCAUCGGCGACAUGAGCACCGGCCUGAUGAUGGGCGCGGCCCUGACCAACUGGGGCCACGGCCUGGGGUGGGGCGGCGGCUGGGGCUGGGGCCACGAGGUGCACGGCGGCCAGUGUCUGUCGCACCACGACCUCGCGCACUACGUCGAGGACGACUUCAACGAUUUCGACGACGCUGACUACGGCAUGGACUGCAGUGGCGACUUCGCGUUCUAGAUUGUGUGUAACUGAAGAAGGGUUGGAUCGAAAGGGUUGGUUUUGCUCACUUGGCUCUCCUGGUUUUGCAAAUCGCACGAGAUUGGUUUGUUAGUAAAGAAGCGACGUCUAUUAUAUAAUUACUCUGUAUCCGGAAAUUCCGCACACACACUUUCUCGUCAAUAAUGUCCAAAAAAUGAACAAGCUCUGAAAAAAAUAAUACGGAACGUUAUUUUCAAUGGUUACCGUGCACAUUUGUAUGUUUACGUAAGUCAAGGGAGAAAAUCCAUGAAUGAAUCUCACUGAUGUCUUUGAAGGGAACUCAUAAAGCGGGGCGCGUCAGCAGGCAAGGGAAAAUCAAACAAAUUUGUAAGACACCAGAAAGAGGUGUGCAUUUGAUAAACACCUUUUAGUAUUUUUAUAUGAAUAACAAACUGACAACAAAAAAGCAGACACGUGGAGAUUUUUGGUCACGAACACACACACGCGCCAAAUUAUUAGCCUGCGCAAUUAUAUAGUAAAAAAUAUUGUACAUUAACCACGGUUAAUUAUUUUGUGUCUCUCACAAGCCGUAUAUAUUACAUGAUGGAGACGUGUUUGAUUUCAAAGGAACCUGUUAAAAUCCGCGAACUUACUUGUUGAGCAUGCUGGUGGUAAUACGGAUUAGUAAUAUUUGUCACCGCCACCACACACGCAUUUAAUAAAGAACACACACUCACUCUAUACACAACAACAACAACACUGCUCCAUUUAGGCCUAUAAAUUAUAAAAAGUCUAUUUUUAACAGACAAACAAAGAUAUGAAAAUUUUCGAACCGAGCAAAUAUUAGAAGGGAGAAUUUUUAUGGACCAAGUGUAUUGUAGACUGUAAGCAUGUAAAAAAAAACCUUUCAAUCUAGAAGUACGCAUUUUUGUAUUGAUCCAUUGUUAAGUGAAUAAUACAUUUACGACAUAGGGAACCUGUUUUCAUAGCAGCUGUGUUCCUUCUUCUCAUGCUGAAGGUGCUUGACACCAUAAAUAUGUUACUUGGAAAGUGUAUUUGCACUUCGCAAAUACAUUUCGCAGUCAGUAUAAAACGUAGCCAGAUCACUUCGAGUGUGCGUGAACGCAAAUGAGAUGAAUAGGUGCGAGUCGUGGAAAAAGGAUGUUUUUUAAUCGUCUUUAACAAAAAAUUGGCUUUUACGACAGCUUUUUAACACAUGUGCUUGAUAUUAUAUUGAUAGUAUAAUAAUUGUAAAAAUUUAAUUAUAAAACAUAGACACUCUGUGAUCCCCAGAUUCGUUUAUUAUUCAGCAAUGUCUGGCGAAUUGAUAUGCAUUGAAAUUAAACCGCUACCGCACCCACCAGUAUUGGUAUGUGGAAUGUAAAUAUUAAUUAUCUCGCAAUUAUUGUACGAUUUAGGACACACACACACCUCUCUCGCAACUAAUACUCUUAAGUGCGCAUGUAUUAUUAAGUAAUAAAAAUUAAUUGUAAUUUUUAUGAUGACCCUACGCAGCAAUUUGUGUACUGUAUAUUCAAUGAGUGGUCAAAUGGCGAGCAAUGCAAAACUCUGUAUCAAUUAUAUAAAAAAAGUGAGUCAAUGUGUUGCCAGAACAACAGCAUGGAGUCACAAUUAGAAGUAAAAACUCAGGAAGUCAAACUAGCAGACAUGGAAUUUUGUAAGAGCUGCUCCGAUUCCAUGGAGUUAGAAUACUGAUUGUCCAUUUAACCAAAAAAAAACUUUGAAUUUAUUAUGUUCCACCUCUAACAACGCACACAAAGCCGUGUUCUCUACAAAAACGAUUCUGUUCCAGUUAAUGUGUCAAAACUGAUCAGCCUCUUCCAAAGUGGUGUGGCUUGGAACUGGCGUGCAAAAUAUAAGAUUGUGGGCCGCCGAGAAAAGGAUUACCGAGCUGCCACAUCUUACAGAUUUAGUUGGACGAAGAUUAGAAUAUAUUUCUUUAUGUAAUUUUUCAUGAUGUUAAAAAAAAUCUCACCACUUGCUAUAGAUUUUGUUUCAUAAUAACGUGUGUAACUCGUAAAGCUCACCGUUUAGAAGAGGAAAACUUGCUGUAUUUUACGUCUUACAGAAAACAGCAUUAUUUGAUAUAAUGUUGAAGAGGUUUUAAUCCCGCCGCUACGUCCCCAACUAUAUACUAAACUGCAAUAUUAAUAUCAUGGAUUGCUGUUUCUAUUUGCAGUCAGAAACAUCUUGUACAUAAUGCGCCCCCCCACAUUUAUCGACAAUGUUAGAAGCCAUUUAUGUAAGAAUGAAUUUAAAAAAAAAAAAAACAUUAUAAAAACUGCAAGCUCGGAUCAUUUCUUUCCCUAAAGCCAGCCAGCCAUGGGGAAUGAAACAAUCCAAGUUGUGGCAAGAAGUGAAAAAAGUCAGAGAAAAUGGAUUAAAAUGAAUGUUGUGAGCAUCUCAGUAACUGUAUAGUUGCCUGUUUGUUGUUGCAAUUGAUCUUUGAAUGUUAGCGCUCAAAAUUCACAAGAGUUUGCAAAAUACGAGAGUGGCCAGAGUUAAAUUAAAAUUUAUUUCUCUAAGAAUGAAUUGAGCAUAAAUUUGUUUGCAAAAUGAAUCAUUUGUUACAUUGGGUUUCUUUGCUUAAAGGUUGCAGCAAGAUUAUAUUGGAAACGGACCUAAUUGGAUGUGUAAAGUAAAUCGAUGUCGCAUAUUAUCUCAAUGUUGGUUGGGUAGAAUUGUAUGUGGAAGAGUUGAAUUAAAUUGCGUCUUCAUGACAAUCCAAUGUUAUGAAAAUUACACACCCAAAACAUGUGCACUUAAAUGUGCACAAUGUACAACUUGAGUUUCUUGAGUUCUUAUCAAGGCCAUCAACACAAAAAGGCAAAUACACAAAGCUAAAAGUAUGAAAAUUCAGUCGUUAGUCGUUCGAAUCAUUGCCUUUCAUGUUCCAUAAUCCAUUUUAAUAGAAAUUUCGGAUCGGUUUUUGUUUAGGAACUAGAAAAUUGCCGUUUUGGUCAAACACAAACACGGAAAAACUUGUUUAGCUGUCCUGGUGCUAGAGAAGUGGGCCGGAAGAAGCCCACUUUGGAGAAAACAUUCCCAAUUUGCUGUGCGCCUCAUUAGGCCCUAGCGCAAAACUGUAUUCUGUGGAAAAAAUUUAAAAUUGAAUGUUGCCUCCACUGCUAAAACUAUAUUAAUAUAAACCAUUUAAAAUGAUAGAUUGUAAAAUGCUUGAAUUUGAAGAGAUCAAUAUGAAAUGUAAGUCGUGAGGAGGAAAAUAAAAAAAUAAUAUUUGUUAUAGCU